GCAAACGCCGCAAUCCGGGUCAGGCUGUCCAGGCGGGCCGCGCCUAUAUAUACAUUGGCUCCAGCGGCGGCGCUCACAGUGUGCAGACAGCUACCAUGGCCGCCCUCGCGCUCCCUGUGAUUCUGGUGUGCUUGUCGCGCGCGGCGCUGGCCGGUGUGUUCGGUCUGCCCCCCUUCGCGUACGUGGCGCCGCCGCUGCCCUACUACCAGCACUACUCCGCUCAGCCGGCAGUGGCGACUCACUACUCGGCCCAGCCCGUAGUGGCCACUCACUACUCGGCCCAGCCCGCAGUCGCCACUCACUACUCGGCCCAGCCCGCCAUCUCGCAGACGCACUACUCCUACUCGCCUCCGCCGGAGAACCGCUUCCAGGGCUUCUACUACCGCACCGCUUACCUCGACGGCUCCGCGGACAGCCAGGUGCUGUUCGUGACCGGGCCGGAGGUGCGUCAGCUGCUGAGCGAGGCGUCGCAGUUUACGCGGCUGCUGGCGUCUGGCGGAGCGGAGAACGCGACAGAUGGGGGCCCCGCCUUCAGGUCGCUGGCAGAGCGAGCCAAGGCCGCCGCGGAGAGCUCCGUGGUGUUCCCGGCGGCCACUGCGCCGCUGCUGGGCGGCUCCAUCCCACUGGACGCUUUCCUGCCGCCGUGGGCGCGCGGCCUACCCGACGCAGCCGCAGCCGCCGGUGCCGACGCAGCAGCUGGCGGCGAAGCUGACAAUUCCACGAGUUCCAGCAGCUCGGACAGCACACAGGACAGCGCCGCACCUGCCGAGGCGGGUCCAAACUCCGAAGCGAGUAGCCGCUCCGAAGUCAUCGUGCCGGCGGUAGAGACCAACAGCAUCGCCGAUACACCCCAGCCGGUUCCCGACGUGGCCGUCUCCUCCACUUCGGCUCCAGCUGUGGAACCGGCAGCCAGCCCAGCCGCACCCGCCGCCUCCGAAGCAGCCUCUGCGGCACCGGGUACCGAACAGGCAUCGUCUUCACCCAGUACAGAAAUGGCACCCGCUUCCAGCAGUACGGAAGUGGCACCUGCUUCCAGCAGUACAGAAGUGGCACCCGCUCCCAGCAGUACAGAAGUGGCACCCGCUCCCAGCAGUACAGAAGUGGCACCCGCUUCCAGCAGUACAGAAGUGGCACCCGCUUCCAGCAGUACCGAAAUGGCACCCGCUUCCAGCAGUACCGAGGCGGCACCCGCUUCCAGCAGUGAAGCCGCCGUAUCCAGCACUGAAGCGGCACCCUCCGAAUCUGGCGGAGAAACUACUUCGCCUGCUGCUGUAGACAGCGGAGCGAGUCCAGUCGCCACAGAACCUAGUCCCAUUGCUUCUGUCGAUAGUGGUCCCUCUACAACUGCUCCUGUUGCCGCGGAAGAAGCUUCGACCUCCACCGGAUCAUCGGAAGACACUCCACCUGUUGCCGUUAUCACCGAGGCUUCUUCUGGUGACUCGACUGAAAACGGUGGAUCCACACCCGCCUCUACCGAACGUGCUCCGUCCGAAUCUUCUGAAACUACUAGCCCAGACAGCGCUUCCAGCACCACUGCCGCCCAAGGAUCAGCUGAAGCGAGUACACUCUCAGAGGCAGCCAGUGACAGCUCCGAAUCUACCACUAACUCUAGCAGUGGCUCGGAGCAAUUAGCGACGAGUUAGGUCUAAUACCUAUGUGUAACGGUUUGUGAUCAAAGUGACAAGGCGAGACGAGAUGCAAAGCCCAAUCUAUCCGUCGCUAACACAGCUUUCAGUAGAAGUUUAAAUUGCCUUUCGAUUGUCUUGUCAAAGCGUCGGUCUCAUGCACUGAGGUCCAAGGGAUCACGGGAAAAGGUUUGGGCAGUGUACCCUUUCGGCUCUGAAUCAAUCUAACAUCAAAUAAAAUUUGAUAUCUUAAAAUGCAUAUGUAUCCUAUGGUUCUCGUGAUACAGGCCGUCAAAUAUAUAUUUAUUUGUGUCACCCAAAAUUAACUAAAAGAAAAUGUUUCGCCUUUGAACCGUUUCCCUUUAUUUUUCCUGCACGUUAGAAAGAUCCAGCAAAUGUUCUAAGAUACAUGCUUUUACUUUUUACAGAAAGUCACCGCUUGCUCUCAGACUUUCGAAAAAUCUCUUGCAUCUUUCAGAGAGUGCUCUGAUUUGAUCAGUUAAGAGAAAUGGAAAACAGGACGCCACAAUUUAUGGAAGCAGCAGUCACGAAGCAGUUACUGUGUUCUCACAAGAUCAAAAUGCUGAGGAAAUUUAUAAUAGACGACUAAAAGACAACACUUUUUCUCAUAUAUCUGUAAUGAAAUUAGAUUAACGCUCCCAAAAUAAGACAGAUCCAAUUUCAAAAAUUAGUGACAACAGCUCAGUACAUUUUUAAAUAUAAUUCUAUCUUAAGUGGUUCACUCUCUGAUCCUGCUUAUGUUAUAGCCUUCUUGCCCAGCUAGCUACGGAGAAAAGUGUUUUAUACCAUGUUCCAGCUCCAGCCACAUGUAUAUUCCUAUCUGUGCUUUGGAAAAUGACAUUAUGGACCAGAACUGUUCACAACUUGUACUGAUAUUCAAAAUGGGGAGUGUUCUAGAGCAGACUUCAAUGUCUCAGGGACUUACGGCAUAAACGGCAAUACGUCCAUUAGUGUCCCAUUCAAUCACAAAUUCAUUAACAACCUCAGAGUACUCCAAGUUGAAGUGAUACAGUUAGUUAAGCCAUGACCAGCCCUAGUUAAAUUGUCAACACAUCUAUUAUAGGCUAACUCUAGAGACAACAAAUUAGUAACAGAUCCCCUGCAGUAGUUGUGCACCACACGAAAGCAAUACUAAAUCUCACAAUUACUCUGUACAAUAAGCCCAAGCGGAUGUAAAAUUCUCAGUCAUCCACACCUAACGUUUAAGUGACUAGUAUGUAGAAUAAACCACUUCAUGUACUCA